GAGGCGGGGUGGAGCUCACAUGUGAUUGGUGGAGCUGUGACGGAGGGUCGCGGGGACGCCUCUGAAAGGGAACGGUGGAUUCGGGCCAAUCACUAAUGGUGUUGGGGCGACGUGCAGCUAGGUGAGCCGUUGCCUGGAGAUACCUGGACUCCCCGGCCCGAGGCACUGCAAGGUGAGCUCGGCGGUCCCCGGCCUGAGACACCCGGAGAGCCCGGUGCUCCCCGGCCCCAGAGACCCGCCCCCCGCACUUCUACACUCACCUGGAGCCCCCGGGGGACGCUGCUCCCAUUGAAACCCCUGGCGCAGUGAAGGCCGCGGCUCCAAGUCCCAGGAAGCGGCUCACAGAGCCGGGUCAUGGCCCAGUCCCCAGCCGUGAGCUUCAGCGAUGUCACACCGACGACAGGCACCUCGGGGCGGUUAAUGUUAAGGACAGUGUUCGGUGUAAGCGACGGCAGUUUCUGGAAGGAAGUGAGGGAGCUGUCCCGACUGGCUGGCCCAGUGUUUUUCUCUCACCUGAUGGUCUUUAAUAUAAGUAUUGUCAGCUCUGUAUUCUGUGGACAUUUGGGAAAAGUAGAGUUGGAUGCUGUUUCACUUGCCACAGCUGUUAUAAAUAUAUCAGGCAUUUCAAUAGGUGUUGGGUUGUCUUCAGCAUGUGACACUCUCAUAUCUCAGACAUUUGGUAGUAAGAACCUGAAGCGAAUUGGAGUGAUUCUACAAAGAGGGAUUCUCAUUCUCCUGCUCACCUGCUUUCCCUGUUGGGCUCUCUUUAUUAACAUUGAACACAUCCUGUUGGCUUUCAAGCAGCCUCCAGAGGUGGCCAAUUUAACACAGCUCUAUGUGAAGAUUUUUAUUCCUGGCCUUCCGGCAACAUUUUUGUACGAGUUAGAGACCAGAUACCUUCAGAAUCAGGUGUGUUUAUUGAAUAAAUGUCUAAUUUUACUUUGAAAGUGCAU